GAAUGAAUACAACCUCCCCGGAUCAUCAAUCGACUUCGGGAUCGACGUCACCGACAAUACAACGACACCAACACCAACCUUCUCAAACGUCUGUCUUCCUCCAACAACCUUCUCCUUCAUCUCCUCUCUCCCCUUCCUCCUCUUUCAUCUCACUCGCCUCCGGACCUUCCCCCCCUCAUUCACCCGCCACCGCUAACCCCACUGAGACCACCACCACCGAAACGACAACAACUCGUCCUAGAACCUACUCCUCUUCUUCCUCCCGCUCAGGCCGUACAAAAAUAACAGCAUUACCUUCUAUCAGCCAAGAUUUAAACCUUUUGCCGUAUAUGACUCCAGAUCGAUGUGCAGUGGUGGUGGCAAGGACGAGUAGUAGAUGGGACGAGAAAGUUAGAGAAGAGAUGCUUUUCGACUCUCUCUCGAAAGAUCAUCCUUCUCCAACAGCGGUGACGACCUCCCCCACUAUGUUAGCAAACACCCGUUUGAGUCCAGCAUCCCGCUCAACUUCAUCUCCUUCCAAACUUCACCUCACCACUUCCACUCCCACUCCCACUUCCACUCCUACCGCCCGUACCCAGACUUCCUCGCACUUACGAGCCCAGUCCCAUUCGCAUCCGAGUCAGUAUCAACAGCAUCAGUACGAUGGGUGUAAGAAUCCUAGAAGAACGUCGGGACAUUGUUAUGCUCGUUCUGGGUUUGCGUUUGGGUUUACACCUUUGGCGAAGACUGUGGUUGCGGGUGGUGGUGGCGUUGCAGAUGAGCCUGUGAGCGAAGGGAGUGAUCCACCGGAAGGAGAGUACGCUCAUAGGAGAAAGAGCGAUGCGAGUACGAUGUCUAGUUCUUCUGCCAAUUCGGUGGGUAGGAGUGGGAGGAGGAUCAUCUUCAGUGUGGGUGGUCCUGAGGAGGAUGAAGAUGUUUUUGAGGAUGGGUACGGAGGAGAAGAGGAAUGAGGAGUUGUUGUGUUUUGCGAAAUGGAAUAUCGCGUCACGUCGCGUCGAGGCGGCGAAGUUGGCGUCGUCGUCUUCCGGAGGUCUUUUUUCAAUUUCUGGGUCAUGACUCCUCUAAUUUGCCCCCCCCCCCCCC